GAAAAGGAUGAGGUGGUUCGCCGUGAAGUCGACGGAUUACUUAAGGCAGGAUUCAUGGAAGAAGCAAGGUACAUCACGUGGCUUUCAAAUGUGGUGUUUGUCCCAAAGCCGUCGGGAGACUGGAGAAUGUUUGUGGACUUCACCAACCUCAACCGGGCGUGUCCCACGGAAGCAUACCCCAUGCCACGCAUCUAUUUGCUUGUGGACGCGACAGCCUACCAUGAGGCGCUUAGUUUCCUUGACAUGUUCUCAGGCUACCAUCAGAUCCCUAUGGUGGAGGAAGAUAGGGUGAAGACGACCUUCAUGACACCCUUUGGUAACUUCUGCUACGAAGUGAUGGCGUUUGGGUUAAAGAAAGCGGGAGCCACGUACCAGCGCAUGGUAAAUCAGGUUUUCCGCAAGCAACUUGGGAGGAAUGUGGAAGCAUAUGUGGAUGACUUGAUCGUGAAGAGCAGGAGGCUCCAGGACCACAUCAUGGACUUAUGAGAAACUUUCGAGACGAUGCGACACUUCAGGUUGAGGCUUAACCCUAAGAAGUGUGUAUUCUUGGCUGAGGCAGGGAAAUUCUUGGGGUUCAUGAUAACGAAGCGGGGAAUCGAAGCCAACCCCAAACAAUAGUAGCCGAUUAUGAGCUCCCCCCCCCCCCCCCCGUCGGACACCAAAGGAGGUACAAGAAUUGACGGGAAGAUUAGCGGCGCUUGGGCGCUUCAUCCCGAGAGCUUCUGACUAGGGCGCCCCCUUAUUCAAGGUCCUAAGAAAGCCACCAAGUUCAA